UUUUUUUUAUAAAAUCCUCAAAUUUGCAGUGGAACCAGUGUAUUCUCUCUUUUCUCUCUUCAUAUUUUAGUAUAAUAAUGACUGUUGUAAAAGAAUAUUACAGAAUAUUAGAAAUAUCCAACAACGCAGACGAACAAGAAAUAAAAAGAGCUUAUAAGAAAUUAGCCUUAAAGUACCAUCCAGAUAAAAACCCUUCAACCGAGGCAGAGGAAAAGUUCAAAGAUAUUAGCGAAGCAUAUGAAGUGUUAUCUGAUCGUAAAAGGAUUUUAUAACAGUAAUGAUAGACUUUUUGCUCAUUUUCUUUUUGUCCUAUAGCUCAGAAACGUUACAUAUAUGACAACAGACUAAACAACAUAAAUGAUGAUAGAGACGAUGCUUAUUCACUUGACGAUCUAUUUGGUGGAUUCACU